AUGGCAGGCAUAUCAACACUAAUUGAAGCAGAUGCAAAGGUUGCAGUUUUAAUUGAUGAGAGCACAAAGACAUGGAAGGAAGAAAUGGUAAAGGGUAUUCUGAAUGAAGAAGAGGCUGCAUUAGUUUGUAGUUUGCCCAUAAGUACUUCGGGGCUACCAGAUAAACAAAUUUGGGCUCACACUAAGAAUGGUCAAUUCAAUGUUAAGAGUGCAUAUCAUCUUGAAGUUCGUAGGAAAAACAAGGAUAAGGGGGAGGUUUCUAAAAAGAAUACAGAAAUGUGGAAGUUAUUGUGGAAGCUGAAUGUGCCUGGUGUGGUUAAAAUGUUUCUAUGGAAAGCUUUGAACAACUGUUUGCCUACAAAGCUGAACCUGUGUUGCAGGAAGAUUGUUAAGGACUAUUACUGUCCAGUUUAUAACUUAAGUCCUGUACAGAAGUGGGUUUCAAAUGAAAGGGAGAUGCAUGAGCUAUGGGCAGAUUGGUGUACAAAGCUGAGUAGAGAGGAUCUGGAGCUGAUGGCAGUGUUUAAACAAGCCCAACAGCAGGGCAGCAACAAUAAAGGAGUUAAUACAAGGAGAAGUUUAUGCAGAUGGGAAGCUCCUGCUGAAGAUCAAGUUAAAGUGAAUUGGGAUGCAGCAGUAAAACUAACAGAAGGUGGGAUGGGGAUUGGUGUAGUAAUGAGGGAUGAGAAAAGGGAUGUGUUGGUGUCAUUGUGCUCACAGAAGAAGUAUGUGCGUGAUCCUCUAGUGGUUGAGAUGCAGGCUUUGUGGCGUGCUAUGAAACUAUGUGCAGAAUUGAACAUGACAAGAGUGAUAUUUGAAGGGGAUGCUUUAAAUGUGAUAAGGGCAGUUAAUAAUCCCGAUUCAAGUUGGGAAUGGCAUGGUCAAUUAGUUGAAGAUAUUAAAGAGGUGUUGAAAAAUAGGAAUAGUUGGAAGGUAAUACAUUCAUAUAGAGAAAGUAACUGUGUAGCACAUUUUCUUGCAAAAAUGUCUUUUAAUGUAAAUGAGGAAAGAAUAUGGAUUAAAGAGGGUCCUGAAGGUAUACAGCCUUAUGUACUGAAGGACAAAAUGUAA